AUGCCACAGUUUGACUUCUCCGGUUUAGAAUCGGAAUGGCGGCGUUUCGUCAACAACAUCCCUGAACCGUGGAAGUUCAAUAACGAUGGAAGGGAGUUCACCAUUGGGGACGCACUGAAGGAGAGAGGGCUUAGUGCCGAGUACCCUGUAGUACUUGUUCCCGGAGUUAUAUCCACGGGCUUAGAAUCCUGGUCUACCCUUCCCGAGCACAGACCGUUCUUCCGUCAAAAACUCUGGGGAGGUUUCCACAUGGUCUCACAAGUGACGUUCAACAAGGAUAGGUGGCUGGCAGCCCUCAUGUUGGAUCCAGUCACCGGACUCGACCCUCCGGGAAUCAAGGUUCGAGCAGCAGAAGGCCUUGAUGCAGCAAGUACUUUCAUUCAAGGCUAUUGGAUAUGGUCAAAGAUCAUCGAAAAUCUUGCGGUAGUGAACUACGACACCAAUAAUAUGGUACUCGCUCCAUAUGACUGGCGGCUGUCGUAUUACAACCUAGAAGUGCGCGAUGGAUAUUUUUCCAGGUUGAAAACAUCAAUAGAGGGCUUGAAGAAACGUCAAAAUAAGAAGUCUGUUAUCGCUGCACACUCGAUGGGGUCCUCCGUAAGCAUACCCGACUAUUCAAACGAACUCUUCAAAUGGGUAGAAUCCCCAGAACACGGUGGCGGUGGACCCGACUGGGUUGAGAACCAUAUAGAAGCGUUCAUCUCUAUCGCGGGCACUCAUCUUGCCAAGGCAAUGGCCGUGUACUUGUCUGGCGAGAUGGCUGAUACUGUCCAGGUGAAUCCUGCUGGCGCGUAUGUGCUAGAACGCUUUUUCUCUAAGAAAGAGCGGCAAAGACUGUUUCGUAGCUGGGCUGGGGGCGCUAGCAUGUGGAUUAAGGCAAUUCCACCCGAACAGGGAGGGGAUGCUGUUUGGGGCAACGGGACUCAUGCUCCCGACGAUGAACCCAAUAGCACGUACUCGCAUGGUGAACUUAUUGGCUUCCAGGACCUUAGUCCCGAGCAUAGUGAUGUCCUCAUCGGGACACCAAGAAACAUGACUGCGAAAGAUGCUGGAACAUGGAUCUUACAACACGUCCCACAGACUUUCCAGCGGAUGAUGGAGACGAACUAUUCAUUUGGAAUCGAGAGGGAUGAACAGCAGCUAAUAAAGAACGACGGGGACCAUAGAAAGUGGAGCAAUCCGCUGGAAUCAAGGUUACCAUACGCGCCAUCCAUGAAGAUUUACUGUGUGUAUGGUCAUGGCAAGGAUACAGAGCGCUCUUAUUGGUAUGCUUCAGGGCCGUAUGAACACGACGACAACUUUGCAGACGCAGAAACCGCGCAAUGCUCGAAUACGUCUGAUUGCAUUAGCGCUCGCCCACCACUCGAUUUGCCCCUGUCCAGACGAAGUUGGAUCGACAAGGAUUUCUCUGAUGAGAGUUCAUUCCCCAAGACACGAAACGGGGUUAAGUUCGGAGAAGGUGAUGGCACUGUCUCUCUUCUAAGUCUGGGUGCGAUGUGCGUCGAAGGUUGGAAUAGGCCACGAUGGAACCCAGCAGGCAUCAAAGUAACGACGUACGAGCUCCCACAUCAACCAGUACUCACUAUGCCACGAGGCGGAGCGAAUACAAGCGACCACAUCGAUGUCCUAGGAUCGUCCAUGCUGAACGAGAUUAUCCUGAAGGUGGCGACUGGUGCGGGUGACGAGGUACCGAAUCAUUUCGUCUCCAGGAUUCGCGAGUAUUCGAAGAAGAUUCGGUGGGAUGUCUAG